UUUUUUUUCCUAUCUCUUUCCCUCUUUCAAAAGAAAAAGAAAUAAUAACAACAAAGAUCGGAAUUAAUUUCGAAUAACUGUGAUAGUGUUGAGUACUCCCGUCAUUCUUAAGGCGGUACUGGAUACCGUAAUUAUUGGGAUUUAAAAGAAAAAAUAAUGACUACUAUUGACUUAGCUGCACAUGCAAAGCAUAAGACUAUUUGAACCGAUAAGCAUAAAGCCAUUAGUGAUUACAGAACAGAAUAAAACUAUAUUAAAUGUGCGACACAAGUGACCGAAUCGAAACGUGGUUAGAGAAACAAAAACAAUCGUAAAAAGAGGUUAUACCGGGCAUUUCGAGAGUAUGUUUUCUCAAAUGCAUUGUCUUGACGGCGAAAUGCAAAGUUCCAAAGGAUCUGAGUUAUCGAAGCAAUUUGAAGAGCCAAGCAGUUCUUGACUUACAAGUGACAGCCAAAGAGUUAUAUAAAUAGAAACAUUACUAUAUUCCUCCAAUAUAUACCACAAGAGCCUCAUGGAAAAAAACUAAUUAUUAAUUAUUGCUGUUAUUUUUGUUUUGAUAAUAGACACUUGUUUAAAAAUAUGGAUUUCUUUACUAAAGUGCUUGAGGAAUUACAAACUUGUCAAAACGACGUACUAGUUGUUCGAAGAUUAAUAAGCACUCCGUGCAAGUGUUUAUCCAAUCCUGAUGAUAACGAAAGUGCGAAAAAAUUGCAUGAGAUUCUGGCACACAUUUUGAAGAUUAUCAGUAGCAAUCCCGAAUUGGGAAACGAACGUGUUCAGUUAGCGUGUCAAGCAUUCUACGCUUUGCUCUCAACACAGUUUGAUCCGCAAUUUGUCACAGAUGUGGUAAUUUCUUUCCAAAACUUGGACUCAAAUACUUCAAGCGUAUAUUUUUUAAAGAACUGGUACACCGUUGCCGAUACUGAACUGUUCAAGCUACUGAACGCAAAUGAAUGUUUGAAAAUGAAACAAAACGAUACAAACCUCACAAUGACUGACACUCUGUUUCAAAUUACGUUUGAUGUAAUAUAUAGAAAUUGUAUAAAGUACACACGAUACUCUUACUACGCGUAUAAGGUGUUAUAUGUAUGGGUGGAAAAGUUGAAGAAGACACCUGAUAUAUUCUUUUGGAAUAAAAACAAUUGUAUCUUAAAACGAAAGUUAGAAGCCGUCAUAUUCUCCAAUUGGUCUAACGCGCUCAAUGAUAUUUGUAAACAAAACGCGCACAUUUUCAAAAUGUAUCUUGAGAUAAUGUUACAGAAGUAUGACAGUAUGGAAUUAGAAUCGGUGGGAUCAGCUAUUGUUAAUGAAUGUCUUCUUAACAUAUCGUGGCGAAACAAAAUAAAGUACAUCAUCCUGACAGAACUUGUUCAAGUGUGGAGCUGUUCUAAAAUAAUAACAGAAUCAUUUUUGCUCUGCCUUUGUUCCACUUUAACGAGAAAUUCUUUGCACAGUUGUGGCACGAAACUUUAUAUGGCAAUUUUAAAGAAUCACAGCCAAAAGGAGUGGACCAACUUAUUCGGAGAAGCCAUAAGAGUAGUUGUUGAACUUUGGGAGUCAGAAGCCCACAAAAAUCGUAACGCUCUCCAAUCGUUGGUCAUGUUGUGGCUUGAACCUACCAUCAAAAAGAACAAACACAUCUUGUUGUUUCUAUGGGAUAUAUGCAAAAAUACACAAGGAUACUUCUUUCGUUCGCACGUGCUAAGAAUGGCUGCUAAAUAUUACGUGAACAUACUGUAUGAGAUGCACGAAAUUGAGCGCUACGCAAAAGACAAAGAUGAAAUCGUACGAUUAAAUGCUUUCGUUGUACUGUGUUAUCGCGUCGUCGAUCUGUUUUAUAUUAACGAAGCGGAUCCAUUGAUUUUAAUAAAGCAAUUUUUAUGGUUUAAUGCUAAUACUGCAUCCAAUUUUGUGAGAAAAGAAAUGAUCAAAUAUUUUGAAAUAUGCUGUUCAAAAAUCUUCAAACUGAGUAACUUUGAAAGCGAUCAUACGGAAUCUGUUUGCAAGUUCAUGGACUGGUUGCACGAAUACUUUCUAGAUUGUUUUGAAAUUGGUUCGUGCUAUCAACGCAAGAUCCUCGCUUUGAACUUGUAUCGUACUUUGCUUUCUUUCACGCAUACAAAUUCAGAGCAGAACUUGAAAAUUACUGAUAAUUGGAAAUUUACAGAGAAAAAAUAUUUGUUUGUAUUGUUAAGACUUGUAUUAGACUCUGCACUCGAUAUCAGACAACUAGCUACUACUCUUAUUCUGCAAUAUUUUGAAAAAGAUGUUCUGUCGCCUACGGAAAAGCGCGUACUCUACAUUUGCGGGCGGAAGCAUUAUAAUUCUUUUAAAUUCUAUGAAAUUGAAAGCGGAGCAGCCCUCAUGAAAAUAAUGGCACAUUGGCUGCCCUUGAAUGAACCUGAAAACGUAAAUGCAAUAGAUGUAGUAUUCUCGGACGAUGCACGUGAGAUGCGGUCUUGUUAUCAGAGUUACUCACAUCUUUUAUUAGACGAAACUACAAAUCAAUUAGCGGAAAUGAAAAGCGAUAUCUUAAAGGCCGUUGUCCAAGAAAAACCAUUUUAUGGUCCGUUGUCUGCUUUACUGGCUAUUGCUUUUCGAGCUGGUCCGGAGAGUUGGAUUGUAACAUCGGAGUUUACGGAAAAAUUGCUAAAUCUUUCGAGAGACGCUGUUGACUUUUUUUUAUCCGCAUUAUCUACAAAAACAUCGAAUACAGCUUAUUCGUCCUCGUUUGCGGAAAUGGGAUUAGCAAUCGAUGAAAAGAUCAAAUCUAGUGAAGUGAAUGAUUCUGAUUACAAUGAGUUGCUAUUAUCACCGGCUCAUCAGGUGCUUCUCUCGUGUAUCUGGAUGUCUUUAAAGGUACUAUGUAAAACUGUUAGCGAAAUCGGAAUGGCAAUGCUGUCGGACACACAAGUAAAGUGUUCUAUAGAUAUCAUCGCGACGGUACUUUUAAAGUGCCGGCAUAAAGGUGUAAUGGAAUGUGCUGGAGUAGCGAUUGCGGAUUUAUCAAGAUGUUUAUACAACAGAAAAGAAUAUUGUAAGUUACCGGAAGAAUACUUGACGCAUUUGCUAAAGGAUGAUGCGGGACAAUCGUUGCACUUAACGCGACGCGGUGCCGGAUUGUCGAUCAUGUUUCAUAAAUUAGUCGUCAGUGACAAUCGCAGCAACCGACCUAUGGUCCACCUUGCGAUACAGAUGUUAUUGUGCUCAUUGGAAAAUUUCUCAAUGGACGCCGUUAGAAAUGUUGAAGACGGACAAGAUUCACCGUGGGCGAAACGUCUGCAUUUUUUACGCACAUUGAUAAUCGACAAGGAUAUUCACGUGCACCUAGUUCCCUAUAUGGAGACCAUUUGUCUAACGUGUUUCAAGUAUAUGGAGUCCGAUGUUUGGACUGUAAGGAACGCAAGUUUGCAGUUGUACGGUGCAUUGGUGCCAAGACUGGUGGGUCAACAUUCUGGAAGAGACGAUGAAACGUUGAAUUUCGGCACCGGUUACUCCGUUAAUCACUUCGUUACUCAUCACCCGAUAGUGACGAGUCGCAUGUGGACGCAAUUGCGAGACGUUUCGAAACUACGAGGAACUUCGAACGCAACGUUACGAGCUUACUCGAGCGUCGUGCCUAUACUUAUACUGUUGUCUGAACUUUCAGUGGGUGGUAGCGAUUUGAUCGAUUAUCCCACAGAAAUAUUUACAACAAAAAUCAAACCAUUGUUAUUCGUUUUCCUCGGUAAUCCGAUGAUGUGCGUUAGACAAUUGGCCGCUAAGGCUUACGCGGCUCUUACGCCCUUCAAAAAAAUUAUAUCGGAGAUGGACAUGCUCAAAAUCGAGAUUCUUUCAAACUCUAAUAUCAAUUUGCUACACGGAUUCUUAUUAACUCGAAAAUACUUAAGAGAAAAAUAUUGCGAAUUGAUUGAUUUACAUUCCGAUGAUUGCGAUAAAUUCGAUCCAAUUGAACUGAUUGACUCACACAAUUCCGAUAAUUAUAACAAAAACAUAAAGAACAAACUUAAAUUCGCUUCCUGUGAGAAGAGUUUGUUCAGAGACAAUCGAUAUGCGCGCAUAAUAAAAGUUUGGAAUGAGAUAUGUAACGAUCAAAGGAGCGUAUCACCGUGUUAUAUGUUAGAGAUCUUGUUUCUUCAAGAAACAGAAUUUGUACCAAGUCAUUAUGAAUCAAUGUAUCAUCUGUACAUGCCGUUAAUCAAAGUCGUAACACCGUCACAAAAAAUACAGCCAGGACUUUUUCAAUUUAUUGGAUACUGGGCACGAAUGUACGCGUACAGCGUGAAACAUAAAUUUAGAUCCGAAGAUGUGAUACAGUUUGGGAACAAUGAUUCCUGGUCAGAAGUAGUACAUCAUUUUUUACAUUCGAGUUGCAUCGAGGAGAGCGUUGAGUUCCUAAGAACUUUAUCGUAUUGUCCCAAUAUACUCGGUAUUAUUCUCAAUUAUUUGACAUCGAUAAAGAAUAAUUGUCAUCAAUUACUCCUCGACGAAAUAAUAACGUUUACGUUGAACACGGUAAAACGUACUAGUUUGAAGUCUAUCAGAUUUGAAUUUGAUAAGAUAAUAGAAAGGUUCAACGAGAGUAACGCGAUUGCGAGUUCAUACACGAUUCGUGUGAGAAAUUCUCUAAUCUUAGCAUUUUCUAAAUCCGAAAUAUUCAUAAGUGAGGUACUGUCACAUGUUUUUUGUAUAUGUACAGAUGCAAAGCAGUCCACAAGAUGGAUCGCAACGGAAUAUCUCGAACUAGCUUUGCAACGUUUCGCUCAGUUGAACAGUUACAACAAAUUAACGAUUAUGCGAUGUUGUUUGAUUAUGUUGAAAGACGAAGUAGACGAGAUACGCGAUGUCGUGUCUACGUUGUUGCAAAAGUACGCCGGCAACAACGAUCAAUUGCAACACGUUGAGAUUGUGUAUCAGCAACUUUUGUUAGACACCGUUCGCCUUCAAUUCGACAUCGCGACCGUCGACGAUAUCGUGAACUUCACGAGAUAUUUUACACACGCCGUCAGAGACGUCGACUCUAACUCGAUAAUCGAAAAUCCGUUCAUUCACGAUGACAGUACGCUUCUUAGAGAAGAAUCAAAAUUCUUGAACAUGUGUUUUCUUUAUAAUCCAUCCAGUUGCGAUUAUAGAAUUCGCGAAAAUAAUUUGAAUCCUGUACACGCGAUACAAAUGAGAUAUUUCAGAAUUCUUCAGGAAAAAGCUGGCUUAGACUACGACGAUCUGCAAGGAAUUUUGUCGUUAAGAGAUAUGGAUUAUCUGUCACGAAAACGAGACGUGCUACAAUGGAAGUAGCAUGAUUGUUAUCAUUCAUUCAUUUGCGUUAAAAUUUUAAUGUACAAAUUAAUAUAGUUCGUAAUAUAUCAAGUUUUUACAGAUACCUAAUAAAUGUGUUUAUUACUGUGUAAAAAUAAAAUUUUUCUUCUAAACUGCAAAGAAAAUGUGGAAAAUCGUGUUGCUUGUGUUUUGUUUGUUUAAAUUUUAAAAUACACGAGUAUAAGAUUUAUAUGUGUAUUCUAUCAUAAGUCAGCAUAUAAAUACGCUGUAUUUUAUACGUAGUUAAUAAGCAGUACAUGUGAGUUGUGUAUAUAUAUAUACAGGGUGUCCGACAAUAUAUAUAUAUAUAUAUAUAUAUCAU